AUGGAUACUUAUAAUGAGGGAAGAGUUAUUCCAGCACAUGAGAGAAAAAUUGCAGAAAAAGUGCAGAGAAAGGUGCAGCGAUGUUUUGAAAAGCAAACUGGCACGACCUUGUCCGUCAAGGAGGCGCACUGGCUGGAUUGCAUCUGUCGAAAAUGUCCUCCGCUGGCAAGAAAUAUGGCUAAGGAUACUGAAGUCUUCCAAACUAUAUCAGGGAAAGCUUUUGAAGCUGCAAAUUCUGUUCAGAGUCUUUUCUUGACUGCACGCGAAGUCGAAGCCUACAAAUACACAUCUCUUCGUGGUGCGUUCUACGCCAAAGCACGCUCGGAAAGACCCGCAGACGACAUACUCAUAUGGUUCUAUAUCUUUGAAAGAACAUAUAUCGACGGGACCCAUUGCUUGGAUUAUCAACGGGAUCCAUUUAAAGAUUACAGCGAGAAUGUAGGCAUAAAUUUGUUAGCAGAAUUUGCGAUUGCUUCAAAACCCUGCUUUGUUGUUCCAGGAGGAAGAGAAGAGCUUGCGAAAGAGUGGUAUCUAUGUUCAGUUUCAAGUCUUGAAAAGCUCGAGGAUGCGAAGCUUUGGCAAGUCAAUGCCACGUUGAGCAGCAGGGAAGCGCGUGUUCUUACCGCUCUAGAUAUAUCAUUACCGGUUUCCAAAGAGUGCGAGGCAAAAUUACCAAGAAACGCAACCAGAAAACAACGCAUGGACAUGGCUGCAUUUGAGCCUGAAAAUUAUCUCCCCGGAUAUCUGUACCAUCGCCUGGGCCUAGCUGUGAAGAAUGACACCGAUAUCACAUUUACAAGCGACGAGGCUGCAACACUCCUCAUAAUUUUAACAGGCAACCCAGUCCCAAAAUCAGACCCGUCAAUCGGAUCUCCCACAAAAGCUGUCGAAUAUCACGAAGGAAAUAAUGAAAUAGUCCCACCAGAAUGGGUAAGAAGUGCUAUCGAAGCACAAGUCAAGGCAGGAAAGGAAGAGCCGAAGAGAUUCAAGAACGGGUAUCCCCUAACGACAAAGACCCCGGAACAGAGGAAACAAUGGCGUGUGGAGGAGAAAGAGAGAUUGAUAGCGUCAGGUCAUACUGAGUUGGCUUUCGUUAGAAAGGAGCCGAAGAAGAAGGUGGUAGAACGCAAAGUUACCAUCAAUGACAUCAGAGCUUUCAUCGAAACAAACUUUGAACAGUCGGAAGAAGAACACGAGAAGCCAGAAGAAGAAGCUGAAGAUAGAGCUAAGGACGACUUGAUACUCUCAUUAGGCAAGAAAAUCGUGGCCAAAGAACGAUACAUAGCUGAAAAGGAGACCGAGAUGAAGCAUCUAUAUGUUGCUCAUGACAAUCGAGAGCAAGCACUCAAAAGUGAGAAUAGCAAGCUAGAAUCUGCAUUAGCAACGACGAAAGAGAAACUCAACAAGGCACUGAAAGAACCAGACAAGGUUCGAAGCGAAUGGUCUGCCAAGAUACAGCGUCUGCACGAAAAGAUUUCCAAGCUAGAGACGGAAUUGAAGGCUGGACAAGAUGCACUCAACAUCACAAAGCUGGAUAGUGCAGAAACAACCAAUAAACUUUCUCGACACAAAGCAGCACAUGAACGCUUUGUUGAAAAGGCUACUGAGCUCAAGAAACAACGGGAUGAAGCACGACAAGAACGAGACAUACUACGUGCUUCUCGCGUCAGUCAGGCUCAACUCGACGACACAAAGGCUAGCGAGAUCGCUCGUGCCGUUGAGGAAGCUACCAAGCCUCUGAAAGCUACCAUUGUUGCAUCGGAAGAAAAGAUCGCCACUCUGGAAACAACAAUUGCGAAACUCAAAGACGACGCCGUGACUCGAAAGAACGAAGAAGGCAUGGCCGCACUUCCAGUGAUCAAACAGCUUCUCAAUCUCGAAAAAGUACAUGAGCGAUUGAAGAAAGCUAUCAUCAGGGAACGCAGUGGUCGCGCACAGGACGCAGUAUCUUGGGAAAGCGUCGAGAGUGAUCUUCAGCGACAAUUGCAAGAAGAGCAAUCUGUGUCUGCGGAUCUGCGAUCUCAGAUUAUGCAGAAGUCGGAUGGGGAUACGGCGCUAUUGGACCAAAUUGCUGUGUUGCAAGAGAGGAAUGCGCGGUUGGAGGUGGAAAAUACGCAGUUUAGAAAUGUGCAGAGGUUGAUGCGGGGGAUUGGCAGAUUGUAG